AUGUCAGCUAGUGUGGAUGAAUUGACCUGCAGAUUCGUUGGCAAAAAUGGAAAGAAAUAUGAAAUACAUGCAAAUAUUACUGAAACUUACCCAAACACACCACCUGUGUGGUUUGCUGAUAGUGAAGAUCCUAGUGUGACAAAUGCUGUUCAAAUUCUCAGCAACACACAAGGCAGAGAUAAUCAUGUUAUAAAUCAGGUGGGUAUUUUAUUGAGAGAAUUAUGCAAAUUACAUGGUGUGCCUGAGCCCCCAGACUUGGACUCCUUGUCGCUUCCCGUCCAUCCUGCACCACAACAAAGAGUGCCAAGUGUAACUUCAAAUGGUGCAGAAUCAGGCACAGAGGAAGACGAGGAAAUGGCAGCCGAGGAAGAUGAAUCUGAAGGGGAAGAUGACUUGCCACUGGAAAUGGUUGAUGAAGCUGGCCGUAGUAACAAGGAUGACAUGGAAACAGAGCAUUUAGCAACAUUAGAACGACUGAGACAAAACCAACGGCAAGACUACCUGUCAGGCAGUGUUUCAGGAAGUCUACAGGCCACCGAUAGGCUUAUGAAAGAGCUACGCGACAUUUAUCGUUCCCACUCUUUCAAAAGCAAUAUGUACUCUAUAGAAUUAGUGAAUGAUUCCUUAUAUGAAUGGAAUAUAAGACUACGUUCAGUAGACCCGGAUAGUCCUCUUCACAAUGAUCUGCUGUUGUUGAAGGAGAAGGAAGGCAAGGACUCCAUACUGCUCAACAUUAUGUUCAAGGAGACAUACCCAUUUGAACCGCCGUUUGUUCGCGUCGUUUAUCCUAUCAUAUCAGGAGGUUACGUGCUUGUUGGUGGCGCCAUCUGCAUGGAGUUGCUAACAAAGCAGGGCUGGUCGUCAGCAUACACAGUGGAAGCUGUUAUAAUGCAGAUAGCUGCCACACUAGUGAAGGGCAAGGCGAGAAUUCAGUUCGGAGCCACCAAAGUUGUCACCCAAUCACAGUACAGUCUGGCUCGUGCUCAACAGAGCUUCAAGUGCCUCGUUCAGAUACAUGAAAAGAAUGGUUGGUUCACACCGCCAAAGGAGGAUGGCUAA